AUGGAGAUAUUAUUAUGUCACCAUCUACACCUGAUGUAUUUACUCAACUCUGAAAUUACUACGGUGAGAAGGAUUACAACCCAACAAUUACUGAUGAAUGUAAUAAAGCCCUCCAAAAAAUACAAAGUGAAUGAAGCAUUGCAAAGCUUAACUCCUUUAGGCAAAAAUGAUAACAACUUUGAAAGAUGGAAUAAUUCCAUUGAGGAAUUAAUUGAGUUUAUUCCAAUCGUAAAAAUAGUACUCGAAAAUCAAAAACCAAGCCCAAGAUUUAAAGACACAAAGCUGAUUAGAAAAAUUCUAGAAAGGAAAGUCAAAGAAGCAUUGAUGAGAACAGUAGAAGAAGAUGAGUAUGUGAAGAAAAGUGUUGAAAACAAAAGUUGUAUUGAAAAAGUUCAAUGGAUUAGAGAUAGAAAUGCCAAUAAUUCAAUGAAAAUAAAGGCUGAAGACUUUUCAUCAACCUACAAACUGAUAAAUGGAGAAGAAAAAUGUGAGGACCUAUCAAAAUGUUAUGAAAGAACAAUGUUGCAGAUAGAAGCAACAUUCGGAUCAAAACCACAAUAUAUAUUGCCGGUGAUCAUUCUCAAUGGCAUAUUAAGAUUUAAAGACUCAAUUGGGAAAUUACCCUUGUCUUCAGAGCAAAUUAAGAAACUAUUUAUUGAAGAAGCAAACACCGAUACAAUAGAAAAUUCCAAAUUCUCAGAAGAAAUGGCAAAUAGAAUUACACCAUACAUUCAAAUCUUAAAUAAAUUCAGUAAUGAUCAAAUAAACUUCACACUUGAUACACAAACUUAUCGUGAAUCAGUUCACCCAAGUGAAUGA